CUUAAUUGGUGUAUGACGAGUGAUUUAGAGUAGUUAUUAGUUAUCUCCUUCCCAGGUUGGUUUCUUUGAAAAACAAAAUCUAAUUCAUUGAUUAAUUGAUUGGAGCAGUGACUUGAACAACUAUUUGUGAUUUUAGAGAGUUUUUAAACCCAAAGUGGCUGAAUGCCUCUCCUCCAAAUCUCACCCACCACCACCACCACUACCAAAUCCCUAAAUUCUCCUCCAAUCCCUUUCUACCAUCCUCAUUAUGCCUCUUACUUCCAUUCCAAUUCCAAUCCCAAAUUCAAAUUCCGUCCAAUUUUCUCUCUCAACCUCGCCUGCAAAGGUCUCGGUGUCGCUGUUUCUUCCUCACCACCGCCCGAUUCCAAGUUGAGAAAUAAAAACGUUGAUGUUGCCACUCUGGGUAAUCUUUGUGUGGAUAUCGUUCUCAAUGUUCCACAAUUGCCUCCUCCUUCACUCUCCCAACGCAAAGCUUUCAUGGAACGUUUGGCCUCCUCUCCACCUUCCAAGAAAUUUUGGGAAGCUGGUGGGACCUGCAAUAUGUCUAUAGCAGCUGCGAGGCUAGGACUUGAUUGUGUAUCAAUUGGUCAUGUGGGUAAUGAAAUCUAUGGGAAGUUUCUGUUGGAUGUGCUUCAUGAUGAAGGCAUUGAUAUGGUCAAGAUGAGUACUAAUGAUGAUACUGUCAGCAACUCUGGUGCCUCUUAUGAAACACUUCUAUGCUGGGUUCUCGUUGAUCCUUUACAAAGACAUGGUUUUUGUAGUCGAGCUGAUUUUUUCAAGGAGCCUGCAUUUAAUUGGCUGAGCAAAAUGUCCAGAGAAGCAAAACUAGCUAUUAAAAAUUCAAAGGUUUUGUUUUGUAAUGGAUACGGCUUUGAUGAGCUCUCUCCUGGUUUACUGCUCACAGUGGUGGACUGUGCUGUUGAGGUUGGCACAUCAAUCUUCUUUGAUCCGGGACCACGUGGAAAGAAUCUCAUCACUGGGACCCCAGAAGAACAAAGAGCUCUUAACCAUUUUCUGAGGAUGAGUGAUGUUCUUCUUCUAACAGCUGACGAGGCUGAGUCAUUAACUGGCAUAGGAGAUCCGAUAUUAGCUGGGCAAGAGUUGCUUAAAAGAGGGAUCCGCACGAAGUGGGUGAUUGUAAAAAUGGGUCUUGUGGGUUCAGUUCUAAUGACUGCAUCAAGUAUAACAUGUGCACCUGCAUUCAAGGUGAACAUUGCAGACACUGUUGGGUGUGGAGACAGUUUUGUAGCGGCUAUUGCAUAUGGUUUUAUACAUAAUUUGCCAAUGGUUAAUACGUUAGCAAUUGCAAAUGCAGUAGGUGCUGCAACAGCCAUGGGAUGUGGUGCUGGUAGGAAUGUAGCAUCCAUUGAGAAGGUAGUAGAUAUAUUAAGAUCAUCUAACCUCAAUGAAGAUGAUGAAUUUUGGACCCAAAUUCUUGAUAAGAAAAUGGUGGAUCAGGAAGUAACAUGUCUGUCAAAAAUUGUGAGGAAUGUAAACAGAAAUCAUCUCAACUUUGUCCCAUUUGACAAGGUUGCCUCUGAGCUCUUGCCCAAGCUUGAGUUUCCACAGACAGUGGAGAAUGUGCGAACUUGAUAUUUUGUGAACAGUAGAUUACAGCCACUGUUUAUCUACUCAUGUGAACUAACCCUUCUCUGGAUUCUCUUAACUUGGCUCCUUCAUUGGCUAAAAGUAAGCAAAAGUCUGAAAAUAAGAAUGAAGAGCAGAUUUUUAUCCUUUGACAAGAUUACAUUGCAAUAGCCUACUUAAAAAGCCAUUGUUUUAAGCAAGUAUCUGAGAGGUGGCUGCUCUUCAAGCGUUUUUGCUGAUUUCUUUCGUUUCAGUCUCAACAAUAUUCCUUUUAUGUCAAAGGUAUUUUUACUCCCAGAGUGGAUGCGGCAGAGCUUUUAUCCUCCGACAGAUUCCAUUUUUGCUUCUCAAGCAAUGAUAUGUAAUAGUCUCCAUAAUACAUCUUGUGAUAGUUAAUUGAUGGCAGAGAAAGAAGUGGUUUGUAUGAAUUUCAAUAUUUUGAAUAGGGAUUAUAGUACUAGUUUAUGUUACUUUGUGGUUGGAAUUAGAUAUUAUAUAUCUGACAAAUGUUCUUCGUUUAUUUUUUUUUCAAAAUAAUCGAAGAACCAAUGACCUGCUAAAAGAGUGGUGUUUCUUUA